AUGGCCGCUGGAAACGCAGCUCAAGAGGAGGCGAGCAAGAGCCGAGACGCGUCGAGAAGCGCGAAUAGCGAUGCGGCGAGGAGCGCGAACAGCGAGGAACCGGGCGCCAGCGGAGUCCGUGGAGGCGCAGGGAGCGCCGCGGACGCGAGCAACAGUGCAGGCGGGGGCCCGGGAGCGGGCUCGAGCACCAACUCGAGCGCGAGCUACAGCAACACCGCGUUUAUCCACAAGCUUUACAGCAUGCUGGAGGAUCCCGAGAUGGACGAGCUGAUCUGGUGGUCGCCACCGCAAACAUCGUUUUUGAUUCGGCCCACGGAGCGGUUCGGCAAGGCGCUGGCCACGUACUUUAAGCACACCAACGUCGCCAGCUUUGUGCGCCAGCUGAACAUGUACGGAUUCCACAAGGUGAAUGACCACAAGACCCACGCGGCCUCUAAGAAUGGGGCUGCGAAGACAGACGAUCCGGCCUCGAAGUCCGAGAACACCACAAGCAUAUGGGAAUUCAAGCACAGCUCGUCUGCGUUCCGCAGAGGGGACAUGGAGAGCCUGAAGCUCAUCAAGCGCAGGUCGUCGCGCUACCAGGCCUCUGCGCGCAAGCGCUCGACCAGUGCUGCCUCGACGCCCUUGGAGCCCACAAUGACCGAGCAUUCGCCCGACCAGCUUCUGGUGCCUCACAUGCACGCGGCUUCGGCCGACUUGCCCCACCCUUAUGGCUAUACGCCGGCGCCCCAGUCGUUCCCAGCGCAGCCGCUUCCUUCGCAAGUGCUCUAUGCUCCCGUAGACUAUUUUGCUACGACUCAUCAAGCUCAACAACAACACCACCACCAACAACAACCACAACAACAUUAUCAUCAUCAUCAUCAUCAUCAUCAUCAACAACAACAACAGCAGACGCAACAGCCGCAGCAGCAACAACCACAACCACAACCACAACCACAACCACAAUCACAACCACAGCCACAACCACAACCACAACCACAGCCACAUCAACAAUCACAACAACAACAACCCAUCUACCAAGUACCGCAGCAUCAAUCCACGCAAUCGCUGUCACACCACCAGUCCAUUUCGCAGCAGGCUCAACAAUCCCGACCGCAAAUUAACACCAAAGUUAGCGAUGUACUCCAUGGUGUCCAACUUGCGAAGUUUGACAAUAACGCCUAUCAGAAUCAGUAUGAGGCAGCUGUAGAGGACCUCAGAAAUUCAAAUAUGGACAUGGUUCGACUUCUUGACUUGGUUCACAAUCUAGUCACUUUGACUCCUCAACUGGCAGCUGCGUCUUCUGGUAGACCUUCUGAAGGGAUUAAGAGGUCCACGACACCAGUUUCGGGCCACCCAAAUCCAAGCGAAAUGGGUACAUCGCCUAGAGACACACCCUCUCAGCAACAAUGUAUGGACCAAAUUAUGAGCGAGAUAGCAAGGCUGAAGAACUCCACACUGUACAGGCUCCAACGCUCAACAAUGCUUCAGCAAACAGUGAGGCCCGUCCACAGUUUUUCGGAAUAUCCUAUGACAAGUUCCAGUGCAAUCCCGGCCGCAUCGCGUCCUCCGCUAUCGAACCAGACGUCUUUGUCGUCGCCAGCGUUGUCCCAAUUGACAAAUGCCCAGCCAGCUCCAUUGCCGCAAAUGUCACACGCAAUGUAUUAUCCACCUGCUUAUGGGCCGUCAGUAUAUCCUGGCACUCCAGGGCCUCAGUCUGACUAUUUUGGAACAACAGCGAAAGCCAAUAGCGGGUCGAUGCCAUACUUGAUGAUGAACCCAUUUGAGAAAAAAACCUCAACUUCAUCAAGCGGGAACCGUAAUAUGAGUGUGUUAAUGGAUCCUCUAGCGCCAGCCCCCAUUGUUCAAGCUCUACCUGGUGUUUCUACAAGCGCGUCACCUAACCCCAACCAGCAAAUAGCACAGCAGCACGGGUACUUCGCAGGGCAUUCUACCUCCAAUCUUCCUCUUGCAGACUCGAGGAAAAACUCAAGGAAUGAGACUAAAAGUAUCCCAACCUCGAACCCAGAUGGUGCUAGAGACUUGAAGCAGAGCAACAGAAGACCACAAUCGCCAUCAGUUGCUGAAACUCCAACACGGGCCACUGCAAAUAAGCCAGCGGGCUCUGCCGUUAGCACAAUGACUUACAAGCCUUAUUUCCCGUACGGGACUGUGCCAGGUGCUGGCCCGACAUCUCCCAUGAGGGCCUCAGUUGCUCAAUAUUCGCAGAUUGCCGCACCUGGACCUCUCCCUCACUACCAGAAGGCCCACCAGCAAAACCCAAGCCAUACAUACCCACAGUAUAGAGGUCCCUCUCCUUUGAAUCCUAAUACCGCAGAGGCUCCUGAUCAAGAUAAAAUUGUAAAGCCAAUGCCUAUAAGUCCUGCGGUUAGGGACCAGGAGGCCAGCGCCGCUUCUCGUGACGAAAACUCUGGCAGCUCGUCAAGGCUUUACGCUUUGCUCAAUUAUGACUCCAAAGAGCAAUCUUCCAAAAAAAUGAAGCUUUAA